AUGUCGGGAACUAUACUGGAAAACCUGAGCGGAAGGAAGCUAAGCAUUCUGGUGGCAGGCCUACUGUUCCUUCAGUUUAUGUGCUUCUUGUUGGGUGGUCUGAUAGCACCGGUUCCAGCCAGCGUCCAGACGAUCCUGGGCACGAUUUGUAAGGACAUUCCGGGGUCACACAACGAUACGAGCGUGUGGCUGUACUCGCGCGGUGAAGAUCAUUGCCAAAGCCUGGACAGCGUCGACAUUGAAAGCGAUGACAUGCGGAUGGCCAACCAGAUUGUGUUCGUCUUCCAAAUGCCGCUGCCCCGCGAAGGCCGACAGUUGGAUUACUCGCGCUGGCAGCAAAAUUUAAUUGGCGUCCUGCAAACGGAAAUAGCAUUCGAUGCAAAUGUGCUUCACAAACCGCACACCAAAAUAACGAUCGAUGCUCGGCUGGCGUACCGCAAUAAGGGUGAUGGUGAUCACGAUUGGAAGUACAUUGCGUCGUCGCUGGAGGAACGCGAUCUCGACUGCACGGCCGACCACGUAACCGACGAGUAUCUGUACAACUGCAACGCGAUACCGCUGUUUGAGCUUGGCUCGUUGCAUCACGAUUAUUACCUGCUCAACGUGCGCCUCCCGGUGGACAGUGACCGUAAGAUGAACCUGGAGAUUGGCCACAUCAAAGACGUGCUCCUGUCGGUGAUCUACCAGAACGGUGGAUUUACGAAAGUUUGGGUUUCCCUCAAAACGGUAUUCCUUCCCUUCAUCGUUCUCAUUAUGUGCUGGUUCUGGCAGCGUGUCCAUCUUCUGCAGCGGAAGCCAGCACUGCUGGAAGUGAUGUUACUGUCGCUUGGCUGCGCUCUAACGUUCCUCAAUCUGCCACUGGAGUACUUUACCCUGUUCUUCGAUAUGCCCUUUAUGCUACUGUUGGGCGAUAUUCGCCAGGGAGUAUUCUAUGCCACCUUGCUAUCGUUUUGGCUCAUUUUUGCCGGCGAGCAUCUGCUGAUCCAGGAAACCGGCGACAAAUCGAGUCUCAAAACAUACUGGAAGCACCUGAGUGCCGUGGCGGUCGGAUGUGUGUCACUCUUUCUCUUCGACAUGUGCGAACGUGGGGUGCAGCUGCGUAACCCAUUCUACUCGAUCUGGGUUUCGAAAGUUGGGGCCAACGUCGCGCUUGGUUUCAUCAUUUUGGCGGGCAUUUCGGCCGGACUCUACUUUGUCUUCCUGUGCUACAUGAUUUGGAAGGUGUUUUGUAACAUCAACAUCAAGCGCACCUCGUUGCCCUCGAUGUCGUCCGCUCGGCGGCUCCACUACGAAGGCAUAAUCUACCGUUUUCAGUUUCUCAUGCUGGCCACGCUGCUGUGCGCGGCUCUGACGGUAAUCGGGUUCAUUGUUGGCCAAGUGUCGGAGGGCCGCUGGAAGUGGGAUGAAACCAUCGACCUAGAGUUUACCUCGGCGUUCUUCACCGGCGUGUAUGGCAUGUGGAACAUCUACAUCUUCGCGCUGAUCGUCCUUUACGCACCCAGCCACAAAAAGUGGCCAACCAACGAGACCACUGCGGAUGAUGAGUAUUCUUUUUCCAUUGCAGAGAACAUUAUGAGCGAGGAAAUCGAGUUCAGUAAUCUACCAUCGGACUCGAACCCGAGCGAAAUUUCGUCCCUCACCCAGUUUGCGCGUAAGGCGGCACAGGACUAAGGUGUGCACCGAAAGCCACCGCACUCGAAACCGCAUUUAUUAACACUGGCAAGGGGUCAACGAUUCACCUUUUUGUGCAUCACAUAACAGUAUUCCGUAUCUGUCCGUAGGAUUUAAGAAGAUCGCCCCCAGCAUCCAUUCUCUUCAAAUAUAUGGUAUUCGCCACAGUAUUAACGUAUCCGUAUUAUCUCGGUGUCAUAAGUAGGACGUAGGAAUUGAGCGCGCGAAGAAUGAAUGUAUAACUUUUACUAGAACUAGAAACCACCAGCUAGAGGUAGAUUUUUAAGCCUGUCGUAAAUUAUACUUUUGUACUCUUCAUGGAAUAAAUAUAUACGAUGUA